AUGGCGGCCUCAAUGGCAGAUGUCUGGCUCUGUAGCGUCCAACCGGAUCAGCAGACACAAAAUGAACAAGAAUGGAAGGGUGUAGGAGAACUGGAAGAUACAGAAAGCACCAAUGAUGGACACCAAUUGGGAGAUACCUGGGAUAGCAGCACCGAUGAUGAAAGCGACAGCCCAGUAGAUGAUAACGAGAACACCCCAGAAGAUGGUUCCCUUCUUGGUUGUGAUUUGAGGGAAGCCGAAGUCAGAGACCAAGAAACCUUGGUAAGCGACCUUAAGACCAACGUUGGCGUACAAAACAGCAGCAAGCAUACCGGAAACAAGGUUGAUAACGUUAGUGGCAGUUUGCAAAGCACGGGUGGCAAUACCCAUGUUAGCGGUAACGUAAGACCAUUGUCCAAGGUAAGAGUAGACGAAGAGACCGAAAACCAAGUAAAUGACCAUGAUGAAAGCUUGAGCACAAAGCAUUCCCUUCCAGAAGUCCAUUGGUUUCUUGAGUUCGUACAUGACCUCACAGAAGACGGUAGCACCACCCCAAGCGAAGACCAUGUUGUUCAUACCGUCAAUACGGUCAGAAAGAGAGCCAGGAGCAAUAGCGUAUUUGUGGAUGGACAAGGUGUCGUAAGGAGCGGUACAGCCGUAGUUGGACCAGAACAGGUCGUAGUUUGGCUUGUUUUCAAUACCAACGGCGACCAUGGUGAUGAUACAAACAGCAACAUUCAUCCAGACGGCGGAGUUAGCGAUGUGAGCGAAACGGGACAAGGUCUUAAUUUGACCGAGAAUCAUACCCAAGAACGACCAAACAACAAUUUCAACCGUGUAACAGAGACCGUUGUGGCCCCGGUUGGUGACCAAGAGCUGGGCCAAGGACUGAGCAGUGGACAACAAGAUAAGACCAACGUUCAUGAUCAUCUGGACGAACUGCAACAAAGCAGUAGGGUAACGGAACCAAGCACCAACGGCUCUACCAGCCAAGUCAGAGAAAGUACGGAUUGGGUAGUUGUUGGAGUCAAGCUUGCAGAAGCAGUAGUUCAAGAGGUAACCACCCAGAGCAGCCAUGAUACCGAAAACAACGUACAGGAUGAUACCUGGAACGUAACCCAUUUGGGCAAUAGCGUAUGGAGCAUUUGA